AUGCAGAAGAAAGUGUUGUUCUCUCUGGCCGGUGUGCUGAGUUUCGCCUGUGUGCUGAUGGUAGUUGCUGCUAUGGGAGGCAGGAACUGGGUACAGGCGACUGUGCUGUGUAAAACAGGCACUCAGCUGGUUAAUGCGACUGGAUCUGAGCUGGACAAAUUCAUCGGGAACUUAAACUACGGCCUCUUUCAUGGACAAGGACUGAAACAGUGUGGACUGGGGGGAAGACCUUUCUCCUUCUCUUUUUUUCCUGACCUGGUGGAUGUGAUCCCAGCUAGUCUGCAUGUGAGCAUCAUCAUCGUCUGUGCAGUGCUCAUCCUCUUCUCAUCUGUGUGCUCUGCUUUCUUCAUGUACAAUGCCUUUGGAAAUCCAUAUGAGACGCUGCACGGACCUUUAGGCCUUUACCUGUGGAACCUGAUCAGCUGUCUGUGCAGCUGUCUCAUCCUAAUCCUCUAUGCAUCUGAGGUCAAACUGCAUCAUCUAUCUGAGAAGAUCGCUAACUACAAAGAGGGCACUUUUGUCUACAAGACACACAGUGAGGCGUUCGACCGCACUUUCUGGCUCAUAUUCAUAGUCUUCCUUGUGCAUGGCCUUAACAUCCUUCUGAUCCGCCUAGCGGGCAUCCAGUUUCCCUUCCAGGAGGCCAAAGAGUCAGAUGCCAGCACGGGUGCAGCUGAUCUCAUGUACUGACCAGACCAACUCUAUUGUACAUUAACCACCCCCUGGAUGUGAUAUCCUACAACGGCUAUUAGCCUCGCAUCUUGCACCAUCUGUUGUUCUGAUUUGUUUACAGCUGAAUAGAUGCCACAUCCGAGCCUCUUUAGUUGCAUUUUUCACUUUCCGAAGAGGAACAGACUUGGAAAGGGUCCUGGCUGUGUGUAUGUGUGUGUGAGAGAUGAGCCUUACCUCAUUGUGGGGAGGCUAGUGGAGGGACUCAGUCUUUCAACUGGACUCCUGAUUACGCAUUCUGUUAACUGCCAUCUCAGUAUUUUAAAUACCUGUUGAAAUGCAGAAAUGGGUCAGCUCAGCUUUGUGUCACCAGCACCAAAACUGUUUAUUUUUCCAUAGUACAUGCAUCUUUUAGAUUCUAAGUAACAUUACACUACACAUUGGUUAAUUUAUUUGUAAAAGCUUUUUAUUUGUAUAUUAUGAGUGUAUAUACCCCUUCUUAGAUGUGCCAACAAUCCUGAAUAGCAUUCAAUUAUAAGAAAGAAUGUUCACUGUAACCCUGUGCAUUGGUUAUCAUGAAGGGAGUUGUGAAUGUUAAUGGUCAAAUUAUACUUUAAAAAUGGAAUUAAUCUAAUUUGAUAUCAUUACAAAUAGGAUAGAAUGCCCGAACUGUAUGGUAUAAUAGCAAUGAUUAAAGCCCAGACGAAACAUCAGAAACAGUGGCAGUGCUCACUGUACAUCUGUAACCACAUACAGGGUACAUAUUAAUGAGUGUUUGUUAUCUUCACAUGUGCAGAUAUGUGACAUGCCAGUUGCACCACUUAUAAACUGGGGGUUUGAAGAGGGAUUUUUGUUAAAAUUGAAAACAAACGAAUUGUUACUGAGAUAAUGCAUAUUAUGUACAUUUACUUAAACAUUUUAUAGCCUCUACUUGGUACGAGUUUAUAUAAAUGUAACCUUCCAGUUUCAGCUGGUGUUUUCUUUCUCUUGAUUACAUUAUUCACACUUUAAAUAAAAUGUCAUUCUGUAUGUAAUGA